GCUAGAUUAGUAGCAAGACGUGAGGCUAGAACCCCGAGCGUGGUCGGUUGGAGCAGAUAUGUCUGCCCGGAGGCACAUUGGGAAUCCUGAGGGUCUCUCACUGAACCUGGAGUUCCUGGGAUAAGCUCUGUUGGCUGGUCAGUGAGCUCCGGGAAUCUGCCUGUCCCCAUCCUGUUGCCCAAGUCUCCCACUGCUGGGGCCACAGAUACAUGCCAUCCUGUCCAGCCUUUUACGUGAAUGCUGGGAAUUGGAGUUCAAGUCUCUGGCUUGCAUGGCAAGCACUUUACCAACCGAGCCAUCUCUCCAGCCACUGGUACUCUCUUUUUAUAAGGACACUUAUAAAAAACAUCUUAGACGAGUACCUGACCAGGCGGAUACCACAGAACCCAAGGUAUCAACAUAUCAAGUCAAGACUGGAUACUGGUAACAGUAUGACCAAAUACAUUGAGAAGCUAGAAGAGAUUAAAAAAAAUUACAGAUACAAAAAAGACGAACUCUUCAAGAGACUGAAAGUUACCACCUUUGCCCAGCUGGUCAUUCAGGUUGCUUCCCUGUCAGAUCAAACACUGGAAGUGACAGCUGAGGAGAUUCAAAGGCUUGAAGACAAUGAUUCUACAACUUCAGAGGCUGAUGCUGAAAUUGCUGCCAAGACCAAUGGAAAAGGGAGCCCUGGGGAGCAGUCACCCAGUCCUGUCCAGUUCAUCAACAGCACUGGAGCAGGGGACUCCAGUCGCUCCACUCUCCAGAGCGUCAUCAGUGGCGUUGGGGAACUGGAUGUAGACAAAGGGCUAGUAAAAAAAGAAGAGCCCAGUGGUAAAGACAAGCCUUAUCCGGACUGCCCCUUCCUGCUGCUAGACGUGCGUGACAGAGACUCUUAUCAGCAGUGCCACAUUGUCGGGGCUUACAGUUACCCAAUUGCAACUCUGUCCAGGACAAUGAACCCCUAUUCAAACGACAUACUUGAGUAUAAAAAUGCUCACGGCAAGAUCAUCAUUAUGUACGACGACGACGAGAGGCUGGCGAGCCAGGCGGCCACCACCAUGUGUGAACGCGGCUUUGAAAACCUCUUCAUGCUCUCUGGGGGUCUGAAAGUCUUAGCUCAGAAAUUCCCAGAAGGACUGGUCACUGGUUCCCUGCCAGCUUCUUGCCAGCAGGCCCUCCCUCUCGGUUCUGCCCGGAAGCGAUCCAGCCCCAAAAUGCCACCCCUGCCAGCUGAGAACAAGUGGAGAUUUACCCCAGAAGACUUAAAAAAGAUAGAAUGUUAUCUGGAAGCGGACCAGGGGCUGACAGGCAAUCACAGCCGAAUGAACCAGAAUAACUCUGCCGGAAGAGACUUGAAGGUGCCUGCUGGCCGCAGUGGCCAGAACCUGCCUACCGGGGGUCCUGCUAGCCACUCAAACCCCCGCACACUCAACAGUGGUCACCUGCAAGGCAAACCCUGGAAGUGAAGACCUUGUGCCUUUUAGUCAAAUAAAUGUCCCCUCCUUUUGGAACCCCCAGCACUCCCAACUUGGUCAUUUCAGAACUGCUAUAGAGAAAAGCCACACUACCUGGGCCAGACCAGGCCCACCUCUUCCUGUCUGCAGCUUCCCCUUCCUUCACUCAGGAAGGAUUUUGACAGAUGACCACAAAAACCAGAGGCUUGACCGGCUCUAGUGCACUCCCCAUUGUUUACAGGAUAUUCAUGUCUUUUGAAAUUGAAUAGGAAAAAAGAAAGAUACUGUCUGUUAACUAAGGCCCUGCCUGUUUGGUCUGUAAGCAGUGUUGUUUUGUAAAUAAUUUAGUCACAUCUGCUGGUGUGUUCUUCCAGGCCAGCGUUUUCAUUCUCUGUUGAUUUCAUGAAAGAUUCUCCAGGUGGGCCUGCCCUUGGCGCCUGUCCCCAGGGGGUGCAGAUGAGUUUCGGCGCCUGCAGCCCACACUGGGCCAGGUGGCUGGCUGAGUCACUUGCUGCAGGCUCUGUGCCCUGCAGGCUCUGUGUGUGCUGCAGGCUCUGCUGGGAAUUUGAGGCUGAGGGGUCUGUGAGCUAAGUUCCAUCUUACUGGUUUAUCAGAGAGGCUCUGUCAAAAUGAUCCCCUUGUUAAAUGGUUUCUGAGGCCAGGAAAGCUCAGUUGUCCUCACACCAGAAGGAGGCCCGAGUAUACGGAGGUCCCAGCAUCCUACAGGGCUGUGCUAAGAGCCCUGGAAGGCCACCACAGCGGUCCCCUCCAUUGUGAGCCUUAUUUCAAUUAAAUUUCCCAUUGUCUAAUUUGAGUCCAGCUGUGUUAGAUGGAUAGCAAUCACAGUCAUGUGAGAGCAUCAGCUCCUCUCAGACAAGGGGAACACACAGGUGAGGAGGACGCAGGAGUCCUUUGUCAGAGCUGACAACCCCUCAAGGCCUUGCUUAAAAAUACAGUAUUAGUCUAAUUGAGUAAUUAGUGCAAUUUCCUGCUUGCUUUUCAUUCUCACGACUGAGCUGUGAUUAGGAGGCUGUGAUUAUAGAUUCUGGUUCUGGCCGGAAUUUUGAAUUGGCAUUAAUUGAAUUGCUAGCUGACUGACAUCCAUUCUCUUUAAUUGCGCGAACAAAAGACCUCAGGUAAGGAUGAGGUGCAUGAAGUCACGGGAGAAGAGCCCUGUUAAUUUUUAUGGUCUGUGAUCGGAGCUGUGAUAAGGGACUAAGGAAUAAAUUGUGCUCUUUGUCAUGGCAACCAGCUUCUGAAAAGCCAACUGAAAAUUGCCUGUGCUUAGGUGGUUACUGCUGCUGGUAAGAUUUGCCUUAACAGUACUAUUUUCUAACCACUAAAGAAAAAAAAAGGAAAAAGGAAAAGAGAAAAAAAGCCCGCCCACAGUAUUUCUAGCAUGAGGGCUGUGUUUGUAAGAGAAGUAAACGUAAUAAAUAUCUCAUGGAGACAUAUGGAAAAAUAACUCAGUCAACCCAGCUCUGUUUCAGAAUGUGUUUAUUCUUCUCUACUUGAUUUCCAAAGUGCAACGUUUUCCAAUGCUUUAGAAAUCAAACAAACCAGGGAUAUUGUUCAGAUGUCAAGCUGUGCCCAAUUUUCCACAAGAUUCGAGAAUCUUGUACAAAACUCAGCCAACGUACACAUAGCUUUAAUGAGAAGCCUGUCAUGUUUCCCCAUAAAUUCAUUGCCUGAGAACUUAGUUCAGCCUUUUGCUAAUGCCAAAAUGCACUGGCUUUGUAUUUUCUUUGCAGAAUAGAUAGAAAAAUGCAAUUUUUUCCACAUUCGGCUUUCCCCUAGCAUGGACAAGAUUUUCAGUCAUCUUUGACAUUCCUAAGGAAAGUAUUUUCCUCGGCAGCAAAGUUCUGGUUUGCCGCUUUAACACGGGCUAGUCAGGAGGGCAGACCUCCUGACCCAAUUCUGAUUUGAAAGUAAAGGGCAGUUUCCUCUCGUUCCCUCCUGCAUUCCCACCAAUGGACAGUAGUGUUGGGAAGUGUAUGGCCGUGCAAAGCUGGCUUAGCUGGCUUAGUCAGCCUCGCUGCAUUCGCUGGCGUGGUCCAUGUGCCUCUCCACAGCACUUUGCCCCGUUGGCAGAGACCGAUCUGAAUCUGCACUCAGUGUUACUCUCCGACGCUGUUGCUUCCUGACAUUCCGCUUUACCAGUUUCUUCAUUAGAUUAUUUGACAUGUAUUAUUUAAAUGAUCACUGAUACUCUGUGCAAUUAUGAAUGUUGAAGAUUAAAGAACGUAGUUACUAAUUUGUCGUUUGCUAUUAAUGUGCUGAAACCUGCCAACUUCUCUCUUCCUCUCUGUCAGAAUGAUUUGGGGGAGCCCCAGGAGACUAGAGUGAUUUGAAAGCGUACCUCUUUUUACUGCAUUUCCCAGAAAGGCGUAUGCUCUUUGCAUCAAUGAAUCUGGAAAUCAUUCCAGUUUAGAGCAAGAGAGCAUAGCUCUCUAGUCAGGAGCCUGUGUUUUUCCUGGAACUCGGGCAGGGACAGAUUGCUACCUUGGACGACUGUCUUACAGCUUUCGUGCCCGGCGUGUUGGGGGCUGGCUUGUUCCCCUGGCUGGAGGUCUGUGCACUCCACGAGGAAGCUCCUUGAUAAUGUAUGAUGGCCUUCCCUCUGCCCAGUAUCUCAGAGGGGAUAUGGGUUUAAGAAAGAGAGGCCAUUUAGGGGUACUUAUUUAAGAGGCCAGGCAGGAAGGAAGCCAGGAAACAAAGGAGGGAAGAUAGAAAAGAGGCAGGAAGUGGCCUGAGAGCGAGGAAGGAAAAAGCUACACUGUUCAUUCAAAAGCGGGAACAUCCUGGGCUGUAACAUCAGGCUGGGUCUGUUGAAAUCUGUGGCUUGAGUAAAUAGCCUAAAAGUAAUUUUCUUUUUCUCUCUCUCUCUCUGUGGUGGAAAGCCAGAGCCGGCAGUCAUAUUGGACUUGAUAUAAACAGGAAUUAGAAUAAAUAAUGUCCGUUAGUUGCUCAGGGAGUUUUUCCUGUGGUGCUGUUUAAAUUAUACAGAACUUAAGACAUUAAGCUACUCAAAAGCUAACAGAACAAAACAAAACCCCCCUCUUCUCCGAUUCCCUUGUGGGGUAUAAGUUGUCAGAAUCCGGGGUUGGAAGAAGUAUGUCAGUGAUUUUUCAUUCCUGCCAGGUUGUUUACUGGCUGAGAAUCUGUCUUUUCUGUUGUCUGACAUGUUUAAGGGAAUAACUAAUUUCAGUCCACCUGGACGUAAAUCCAUGACGACCUCUUCCAGCUCGAGCCUGAAGAUAAGCAGCCAUUAAGAACAUUUGACAAACUGUUGAAUGUCUUUAGUGUGCCUGUAUGGUCUUCAAGAUUCUUUCAAAUAUCCAAGUCCCGUAACUUCUCUCUCCAAAACAAACCCAGAACCAUGUGGAUUAUAAUUCAUCAAUUAAAUUAUGUGAAUAUGUUGAGUACUUAGACGUAAUUCAAUUAUUUUUUAUAAACAAGGAUAUUUCUCAUGGAAAAAGCAAUGAACAAGGCCCAAUGUGCUUCCCAGUGUUCAAAAUAAAUUUAGGUGGUUGAAUUUUCCUAAACUCGUAGUAAUUAUUGAGAUCAGGGGCUGGGGAUGGUUCACUGGGGAAAGUGCUCACUGUGCAAACAUGAGAAUCUGAGCUGAGAUCACUAGUACCUACAUAAAAGGCCAGGCAUGGUGGUCCAUACCUGUAAUUCCAGUGCUGGCGAGGCAAAAACAGAAGGAUCCCAGGAACUUGCCAAGUCACUGAGGUCCAGGUUUGGUGGGAGACCCCAUCUCCUAAAGUGAGGGUGAGAACAACUAAGGAAGAUCUCUAGCCUGCAUGCACACACAUGAACACAUCCGCAAGACAUGUUUACAUGCAUAUACCACAAACAAAAAUUACUGACAUUAUUAUAGCGUCCCUAAGUUGGACCCCAAGUCAGAUAUAGCAUUUUAAAAAUGUACCAGUAGAAGUUUAUCUAGCCUGAAUUCUUUUGUUUGUUUUAUUUUUUUUUUCUGAGCUAUAUAUUUUCCUCCACUCCCAUCCCUUCCUCCUCCCUCCCUUUCUACCCCCUCCCAUGGUCCCCACACUCCCAAUUUACUCGGGAGAUCUUGUCUUUUUCUACUUCCCAUGUAGAUUAGAUCUAUGAUUGUCUCUCUUAGAGUCCUCAUUGUUGUCUAGGUUCUCUGGGGUUGUGAAUUGUAGGCUGGUUUUUCGUUGCUUUAUGUCUAAAGACACUUAUGAGUGAGUACAUCUGCUAUUUGUCUUUCUGGGUCUGGGCUACCUCACUCAAUACGUUUUCUAGAUCCAUCCAUUUGCCACCCAGCCUGAAUUCUGAAAGAACGGGAUUCAACACACAGUUUAUGUGAGUUCACAAACCUCUUCACGGGUUCCACUGGUCCCCUCAUGGCCUCAUUCUGGUGCUGAUGUGAAGCCCAAGUUCCUUCACCUGUACAAUGUCCUGAUUCCUGGUAAAUUGUAUCAUAAACAGAGGUCACUUACUUAGGGGCCAUUGAUGGCUGGACCACAUUCUUACAAGAAUGACUUCCCUUUGAAAUUUAGACAAGAAGCUGUCCCAGGGUCUGGUUCACUGACUCUGUGGCAGUGGUCCUUAAGUAAAUCAACUCUCAGGACUGUGCCUGGUUGGGGCGUGGUGGCCACUCUGCUCCUCUGGAGACCCAGAGAGCUCAUUAUCUCUCGUCUCCUGUGCAGCUUCCUCUUCUCCGGGCAUUCGCAGCCACGGUACCCAGAGAGCCGGCCUGUGAGCUGUUUUGCCUGUUGUCGCUGUUCUUUUAGUAGCCUUCACAAUUGAUUACAGGUAACCCGCACUGCCUCCAUCUAAGGCUUGUUUGUGUUUCAAAACUGGGAAACCCCAGAUAAUGCCAGCUGUUCUGUUAGGCAGCAUACACGGGUCUCUCCAGUAUGUUUUGACGUGUUCUGUGUUCCCAGCAGUUCAGUGCGGUGGCACCCCCACUGUCAGAAGAGGAGACGGUGGUUAGACCGCUAACACUGUAAUACUGACUGGAUGAGAAGCUGGGACCCGACGCAAGAGUCGCAGCUCCCAAGCAAAACCCGUGGGUUCUUGCUUUGGCUUCUCAGGACAGACUCAGCCGUGCUCUUUCUUCCUGGGUGAUUCCUCGGUUUACCCACGGAAAUGUAACUUCUACUUGGCUUUUGGCUGCCCUUCCCCUUCAUCAGUAUGCCCUUGCUCUGAAAACUGCCUUCUACCUGUGCAAGACUCAACGGAGCUCUUGUAAUAGCGGCUCCCGGGAGCAGUUUCUCAUCUCCACUGCCCGUGUCAGGAGUCCUGUCUCCGAUAACAGCGUCUUUGGGGUUGGUUGGUUGGUUUGUUUGUUUGUUCACAGACAUGUCAUGAGCUUUCACUUAUGGAAUGAGAGUUACAAAACUUGAACCAACUGUAGAAGGGGAACGUAGGCUA